CUGAGGCUAAUCACCUUUAAGCGCACGAACAGGGGAAACAAGCUUUUGAGGGACGUUAGUAAAUCAGGUGUUGGCAAACGACUAUUGGCGAACUUUCUCCUGGAAAUGGCUACCAGUCAAACUUGGACGUUAAUACGUUAUGGGCGUUUCACCCCUUGUUCUGGGCAGAAAGGAGGAAAGCCGUGGAAGGUUUUCGAGGCAAAGGGCAAUAAGCCAGAAAUUGUCCUUACAAUACUGGAGUCUGGAUACUUACUGGUAUGUCAAGGGGAAGACAGCCUGGAUGCGAUCACUUUGCUAUCACAUUCUCUUAAAGUGCAACAGAAAUCUGAUAACCUGAUGCUUCGAUUUACUGUCAAGGGAGAGAACCGCAUGAUAAGAAUGCAGUUUGAUGGAAGGAGCAGGGCAGAAGCCAUAAAUGAGUGUUCAAAUGCUGUGGAAAAACUCAGGGAGUACAUUCCUGUCACCACUCUGGAUGAUGCUUCACUACAUCUGAAUCAGCCCCCCACUGAUGUUCCUGCACCAGCAACACAGCUGACAUGUCAGGAAAAGACUGUGGGAACUGAGCAUGAGCCUGUCCAAGGAUUCAUAUCCAUUAAGCAUCUUACCCAACACUUCCUGGGGGAGACUGCUGUGACUCUUCCUCAAAUAUAUCAUGACAGCUCAUUGGCACAAGGUGACUUGGAGCCCAUCCUGCGUGCUUGUCUGCUGGAUCCCAGCUUCCAUGCAUUUGUAGAGAGGGUAGAGGUGGAGCUGAGGAAACUGCUUGAAGAAUGACCAGUUGAAGGCAGCAAGGUCCAGUCAGUAAAAUAAGAUAUUGUUCUUUGUUGUUGUACAGUUUGUGUAGCCAAUGCCUGUUGGUGUAGGAGUGUUUGCAGUUUUUCUGACUGUUCUUGCAGUGCUUUUUGUAGUGCUAUCUCCUAUGAGUUGAUCUGAUAUAUGGCUAAAAUUGAAUAAAUUUCCCUUUGUAUAAAUUCAUAAAUAAAUACACACACUGACAUCUGGA